CCUGUUUUUAUUAUUGUUGUAAGCUUAUCUUCUGUCUGAUUUCUGCUGCUUAAAACUCGCCUAUUCCUGUUUUUGGAGUUUCAGCGGAGCUUGUGUGUGUGUGUGUGUGUGUGUGUUUCCCUCAGUGUGUGUCUCGGUGUGUGCGUGUGCGCGCGCAGCCAGUGCCUGCGCUGGAGGCUUAUGGUAAUUGCGGUCUCUCGACUGGCCUUCUGGGUAGAGUCUGCGCGAGUGGGAGUGGAGCGAGUCGCUCGGUCUCGGCGGCGUUCAUCCAUUCUGUGCGGCACUCCCCGUACAGCUCUGUGUGUCCUCGGUGCGAACCGGGGGCUCCGACCACGGUGUUAAGUACGAUUCUAGAAGCGAACGCAGGACGAAAGGUUACGCGGAAUAACCUUCAAGCAAACCUUCCGAGACACGGACUCCGGAGUCGGAGAGGACAUGGAGUGACGGAGAGCGGGAGAAAGAGGCUUUUUUCCGAGGACGGCGUGCUCCGCUGAAACCCAACAUGGCGCUGCUGCGAGGUACAGCCGAUCUGAAUUAAUUUUUCCGCGAGUCCGCCGACCUCGCCACCUGUAUCCUUUAGGGGUCCGGGCCGAACAGCGCAUUGGUUCUCAGACAUAAAGGACCUUACCGGAUUUUCCUUUGUGGAUUUCUCUCUGUUCUGGCGUUUGCUUUUCCUCCGUAUAGGCUCUUUUUGUUGCUUUAUGGACAUCGAAAUGACAUUUAUAGCAGCCAAAAAGUCCGCUAUAAAUACAGGGUAUUGGAUGAGAGUUUCCCGUAGACAAUAGAAUUAAGGAACGAGAGCAUUGUAUGCGCGAUUUGUUUUGUUUCCUGACACGUGGAUAACCUGUUAGACACUUUUAGUUGGUUUUUCUUGUUUCCCCUUCUGGUCGGGAUUGUCCGUCUCCAGACUGUAGGCUACCGUGACCGGGCAGCUCUUCGCACGGACGGAUCGCUGCCCUCCCAGGGAACUUGGCAAAACGGGGAAAAGGCGUGAGUUGGGGCGCACGGACGACGGCUGCAACUGACACCAAUUAACCAGGGCAAUAACUGUUCGUGAUGUUGAUGCUGAGAUACAAACCAACCUGGAAUUAAGACAAGGGAACCACAUCACACAAAACAUGGUGGAUGCACGGUUGACACCCCUGGCGGCGAUGGGGCUGGACCGAGGCGCUCUGAUGCACGAUGGUCUUCGUCUCCAUAGUGGUGUUGUAUACCCAGGGAUCAGAACACUGCCAGCAGAGAAGAGCAGAGAGGCACCCACCCUCCCCCUUACUUAUAACAGGGAUGGUCUCCCAGAUCUCAUCUACAAGCCGGAUGGCCCUCUGGACAGUCGUAAGCCCACUAAUGGAUACCUGGGCCUCUACAAGGGCACCCCUCCAAGUCUCCACAAACCUCUGCUGGUUCCUGGAGCUGAAAGUCUAGGAUUGGAACGCAGAGUAGGUCCUGGAGAAAAAGCAUCUGAACUAGGCUUGGCAAGCGCUAGUGGCAGCUACCUCCGCCUACCUUGGCUCAGCCCUUACCCUGAUGCAGCCAUGUAUCCCUUCAUGGAUACCACCAAGUACGCAGCUCUAAAUAUGUACAAACCCUCCUUACUCAGCCAACCAAAUCCCUAUCUCCCCCAGCUCCUGGCCUACCCUUCCCUGUGUGCAGCCCAGGGGGCUAAUGUUAACCCUGCUGCAGCCACUUCUGCUGCUGAGAGGCUCUACUAUAUGCCCCCUUAUCACCCUCCUCCAAUUUCUUCUCCCUUGGUGGCACCCCCUAUGAGGAUUCCUACAGUGACAGUGGCCCCCACACCACUGGUUCAUUGCCAGGACAAGGGGCUUGGUGUUGCAUCUCCAUUUGCACAGCAGCUCCAUCAACCUUCCCCUCUUCCUCAGCACCAUCAGGCUGCUAUAGACAGGGACCGGUCACCAAGCAGGGGCAGUAGACCAAGCAGACCUCCAUCUAGGAAGGGAUCUAGCAACAGCAAUAACACCAGUAGUGUGAGCACCAGUGGCACAAACAGUGGAAAUAAUAAUAGUCUACCUACUGAUUCUCAUGCAUCUUCUCGCCUACCCCAGCCCCCCCCUCCUCCUGCUCUUAUUGACAGUUCACUGGACUUACAAAGGCCAGUUGCUAGGGUAGGCCAAGUAACCACCUCCUCCACAUCUUCAGUAUCUGCUUCACCCUCAUCCAAGCAGUCCAUUCCUCAUCCCUUCUCUGUGAACAGCAUGGCAUCAGAGCAGCUCUCUCCUGCCCGGCCCAGCCCCCACAAACCCAGGCCAAGAGAUGGGGGGCCUGAGCACAGAAAUGCAGGAGUUGAGAAGAGACCCAGCAGUUCACCCUCCAAACCUAAUUUUGAGAGGCAAGCUAAUCAACUCCAAGCAACCAAAGACUCGACAGAAAAGCCCUUAGAUUUGUCUGGAAGAAUACUGGAGUUUGGUCUGCCUCCCAAUGGAUUUCAAGUUAAGAUGGACACUGUAGCAUCAGGCACACGUUAUGGACUGCCCCCUAGCCGAGAGCUUGUCAAAGAAAACCUGGCCCUCUCUCCCUCCUCCCACCCUCACUCUGUGGUCAGCAGCACUUCUUCAAAGGUCUCUGAGAGGCCAGAGAUGAUCAGCACUUUACACUCCUCCUGGGUCGUACCUAGUCCGUCUCCUUCCAAUACACAGCACACCCCAGGCCUGCCCCCCUCUCCGAGGCCUAACACAGACCUGGGCCUUUCACAAGCCAAAGGCUCCUCGCCCUCCGUUAUCAAACACAAGGGUCUAGAGAGGGUACUCCCUCACCAACGUAGCUCAUCUUGUCCAAGGAUAGGAGAGCCCAACCCCAAUGUUUCCUCCACUCAACACUUGGGCUCCUCUCUGGUUGCUUCCAGAGCUCUUUCUCCCAAACCCAAUGGUGAUUGGGUCAAACACAGCCCAAGCCAAUCAGAACGUCCACCGGUCAUAGGGCACAACAGAGAGGGAAUGGAGAAGUCCUCCCAGGCCACUAAGAGGGGUGAAACAACUCCAGAGGUGUCAUCGUACAAGAGGCCCUGUUUAGAGAAUGGUCACCCUCCUGGUCACCUUUACCUUCCUCAGAGUGAUGCUUACCUGAACCACAAUUUGGCCUAUGCCAAUAGAUACCUGCACUACCCCAUCCCUGAUGGCAUGGCACUACACUCUCUACCAAUUACAGGAAAAAGCCCAGUCUACCCUCACCCAGUAUUGCUGGACAGCAACAACCUUUACUCAACCCACCUGGCAGGAAAACACUCAUUACCCUAUCACAACCUCCCAGCUGGCCCAGGAGGGGAAUACCUCACUUACAACUCACAGGAAAUGGCCCAUCCGCUGAUGCAGACUCACUCAGACAGCAAGCUGCCAGAAAGGGGUGAUGCAACUUUAAAGCCCCGGGGACAGGAGAAAUCUCGGGGAGCUGUCGAAGAAUGUGGGGGCCACAGAGAUCAUAACAUUGGGAAAGAGACAGGUGAAGGGAGCCAGAAGAAGCCUGAUAGGGAUGCAGGAGCACAAGGACAGGGCGGCAGUCAAAGCAAACCCGUCUGUUCCUCUGUAACAUCCAGAGAAACGAUUGUCUGCAUUGACCUUGUGCACUCAGACACAGAUAUAGAGUCUACCCCAACAGUCCACAAGCAACCUUCUGCUGAGAACAGCACUAAGGUUAACCAAAAUGAAUGUUGUCAUAGUAACCAAAAUUUGACAAAGACUGUCAGUGAGCAAAAACACCAAAAUCUUCUUUCCCAUCCUUAUUCUGUUCACUCUGGACAGAGCCCCAGUGUGAAGCCCAGCCACAAUGAAAGACAGCUGGAGAUUCCUUUCGGGAAAUUAAAGGUUCUUCAGGACACAGACUUUCCUGUGUUGGCAUCUAACACAUCCCCACCUUCUCCAGAGAAAGUCGCCCAAGCAGAGGACAGCCCAGAGGAACCGAGUUUCAGUCCAGAUCCUAGAGACCAAGACCAGAGCACUUUACGCUGUGCCCGUACAUCCGGGGAGCGCGGCUCUGGUAAGGACAAAGGGGCCAGGAGGGAGACAGAAAAAGAAGACAGUGUUGUUGACCUAGGGGAGUCUCAAGGAGAAGGGGAUGAUGAAGACGAAGGAGACGGUAGCCAGACUUCAUUGAAAAGUUCUCGUCGAUCCAGUCUGGCCAAGAGGAUUGCUAACUCCUCAGGCUACGUCGGCGAUCGCUUCAAAUGUGUCACCACUGAGCUGUAUGCUGACUCCAGCAAGCUGAGCCGUGAACAGAGAGCUCUGCAGAUGGAAGUCAUAUCACGAGAGGGGAGUAAUAUAAGUCAACCUGCAGCUAACUGGGAGCGGGCAAUGAUACGGUUCUCGGAGCUGGAGCUGAAGGAGAAGGAGGGCGGCGGUGUGUGUGUGUCUGCCUCGGCAGCAGGACGGGAGCUGGCAGACGGUCACCGCAGAGAGCGAGCACUGGAACACUGCCAACACACCACCAAGCAGGGAGAGAGGGAGGGUCUUCGGCCAGUGUACACUAACAACAGAGUUCCAGUCCUCCAGAGGUGUGGAGGCCAGAGGGAGCUUUUGUCCUCAGGGCAGGGGCCCCGGGACGUGGCCAGAAGUGCCAGCCAAGGAGGGCUAAAGGAUGGAACCAGGAAGGUGAUGAGAGAACCAGAAGGUGGUCAUUGUAUUCCCCCUAUUUUGACACCAGCAAAAGGGUUCGCUGAGGAAAAAGCCAGCCCUGCCUUUGGACCCACCAGGAAACGCCCUCUUGGCCCCAAGGCUGAGCAGGAGGACACGGAGAGGGAGGAAGGAGAAAGGGUGUCCCACCCAGACAAACGAAUCAAGCUUUCUACAGAUACGCACGAGCAGGCUAAUGAAGAUGAUGAUGACGAAGUGCGGAAGCUCAAGGUCUGCAUCGAGCUGAAGGGACUGCGGCUCAGCAAGCCUACCACUGGCACAGCUUCACCUGACGGGACCCAGGUCAGACAAGACAGAGCAUGGCCCCAGCACCGGUUGUUCCCCACGGCCCAGAGCUUACAGGAGCGUAAGAUCAGGACCGAUGAGACUGAGGACAGAGCCGCAGUAGAGCGAAGUGAGAUCAACAGGAAAUGGGGUUGUGAGAAGAUACUUAAUGGAGUAGCUACUUCUCCCCUUCCCCCCGGCCAGCUGAAGGACAGAUCGCACCCGUUGGGCCCCUUCUCAGGUGACCGUGGCCUCAAGGAGCCCAGAAGAGGCCCCCCUUCUCCAGCCCCAGAGCUGUCUGUGGGAGGCACCCCUUGCCUUAAACCUCGUCGGCAUAGUGAUGCGGACAAACCCAAGGGCAAGCGGCCCUGCAAGACCAAACACACCAGUCAGAAGGAGCGAGAGCAGGAGAAGAAGAAAGAAGCCACUCCUAACAGCCCGGGCCAACACUGUGUGGCUGAUCUGGGAGCAGCUGGAGAUGACAAGCUGAGUGAGCAGUGCGGCGCUCCGAGGAAAAGAGUGGCCUCUCCUAAUCAUUAUCCGGACUCUCCAGUCAAGCCCUGCUCCCCUGCUGCCCUCUGUCCACCCUCCCUGCAGCCCCAGGCGAACGGCAGAGCAGGCCUUGUCCCAGUGGAGUCGGCCCCCCCUGCCGAACCCCCCACGGUGCGUCCAAUCCCGCCAGAGGCCCGUCGGCUGAUUGUGAACAAGAACGCUGGAGAGACUCUGCUCCAGAGAGCUGCGCGCCUGGGCUACGAGGAGGUGGUGCUGUACUGUCUGGAGAACAGAGUAUGUGAGGUGAAUCACAGAGACUAUGCCGGUUACUGUGCUCUCCAUGAGGCAUGUGCCCGCGGCUGGCUCAGCAUAGUCCAACAUCUGCUGGAUUACGGAGCCGACAUCAACUGUAGUGCACAGGAUGGCACCAGGCCAAUUCACGAUGCUGUGGAGAAUGACCACCUAGACGUGGUGCGAGUCCUGCUGUCCUAUGGCGCCGACCCCACCUUGGCCACAUACUCUGGCCGCAGCCUCCUCAAGAUGACCCACAGCGACAGCAUGGAGCGCUUCCUCACUGAUUAUUUUGCUGACCUUCAGGGCCGCUCAGAUGAUGACCCAGGACUUUACUGGGAAUUCUACGGCAGCGCUGUGUGUGAGUCUAGUGAAGAAGGUGGCAUCUAUGACAUCCUGGCAGACCCUCCAGGCCCAGAGGAUGAGGAUGAGGAUGGUAAAAGGGAGAUGUUUGAGUUUGAGUUCUCUGACCGACCUCUGCUACCUUGCUACAACAUCCAGGUGUCCCUCACCCAGGGGCCAAGAAACUGGCUGCUGCUCUCUGAUGUGCUCCGUCGGCUGCGUAUGUCUGCUCGCAGUUUCCGACAGGCCUUCCCCCACAUGGAAGUUGUGACUGUGGCAGAGGCAGAGUUUUACCGGCAGGCCUCUCUAUCGCAGCUGUUCUCCUGCCCAGAGGAGCUGGAAGGCUUCCAUCCAGACAGCAAGGAGCUGUUGGACUUGGUGGAAGACAGCACUGAGCUGGCUGCUCUGCUGGGCUCCACACUGGAGUGUCUGGAUGACCGCUGGGACCACCCAGGGGACAAACUAAAGGACAAAAUCAAGGCUAUUGGCCACUUGAGCUCAUUGUGACCCCUGUAGCCACCAAAUCUGGAUCCGGGUCUUUACUCACUGCAGUUUGUUUUAGAACCAACCAGUGGUUAUGGUGAUUUGCCUUAGCCUCACCCUUAGUUCCCACGCUUCAGCCCUGCUCUGGACUGUACAGAUGGACUGACCUGCUGGCUGACCAGGCUGCUCAGAUGUUUCCCUCUGUUAACUGAGGAUCAAUAAAUUUGUGACUCAACAGACUAAAU